UAUUUUUAAAUUAAUUAGCAACAAUAAAAUGACUGAUCCAUCUCCAAAUUCUCUACAAAUUAAUGAAAUCCCUGAAACAUUCGACACAAUGAUUGGAUGGGGUUGUUUCGGUAAAGGGGAAUCUUUAAUUCAAAAUCAGUUUACCUUAACAAAGUUCGGUGAUGACUCCGUUGAUAUGGAUAUUAUUUGUUGCGGUAUUUGCGGUACCGAUAUACAUUGUAUUGACUCAGGAUGGAGGCCUUCCGAUUACCCUUUUGUUGGAGGUCAUGAAAUCAUUGGCCGUGUCACCCGUAUUGGUAAAAAUGUCACACAUCUUAAAGUAGGCGAUCGUGCUGGUGUUGGAUGUCAAUCUGCGUCUUGUAAGAAAUGCUCGAAUUGUCAAGAUAGCAAAGAGAAUCUGUGUGAGGAUAAUGUUGUUUGGACGUUCAAUGAUUGCUGGACAAAUGGAGAUAGUACUUAUGGUGGGUUUGCUAAUAAAUGGCGAGGUGAAAAAGAAUUUGCUGUGAAAAUUCCUGAACAGUUGUCAUCUGUUGAUGCUUCGUCCAUAUUGUGCGCGGGUAUAACCACUUACGUUUCGUUAAAGCGUUAUAAUGUUGGUCCUAACAGCAAAGUGGCUGUUCUUGGUCUCGGUGGUCUUGGCCAUUUUGGUGUACAAUGGGCAAAAGCGAUGGGUGCUACUGUGGUCGCCUAUGGAACUUCUGGUGAAAAACUCGAAGACGCAAAAUCUCUUGGUUGUAAUGAUUAUAUUACUGCAUAUGAUUCUGAAAAUGCAGAGACUCAUCUUAAUACGUUUACACAUAUCUUGGCUACAAAGAUCCUUAAUGAACACUGGGACAUGUAUUUUCAAAUGCUCAAAAAGAAUGGAAUAUUUAUACUUUGUGAUAUUCCAGAGAAUAAUUUAGCUGAUAUUAACGCAUUUAACAUGGCUGCUAAACAAAUAACUAUUGCAUCUUCUUUUAUCGGCUCUCCAAAGGACAUUGAUGAAGCGCUUGCGUUUGCUACUCAGCAUGAUAUUCGCACUUGGGCGAAUGAAUUUCCCAUGGCUAAAGUAAAUGAGGCUAUUGAAUUUGUUCGACAGGGAAAGCCUAAAUAUCGGGUUGUUCUCAUGAAUUAGGCCCAUUAUAUUAACACUAGUACCCAACUGCAAUCAAAAAACAUUUAGAUGAAAAUACAAUAAAUUUAUCCUUUCU